GUAUGGCCUUAAAGUGGACGUCUGGGCUGCAGGGGUCAUAACAUAUAUCUUACUUCGUGGAUUCCCUCCAUUUGUCAGUCCAAGCAACAACCAAGAAGAAUUAUUUGACAAGAUCCUAAGUGGACAUUUUGAAUUCAUUUCACCAUUCUGGGACGAGGUUUCGAGUUCCGCGAAGGACUUGAUUGAACACAUGCUUCAGGUAGAUCCAGAAAUGAGGUUCUCCGCUGCCGAGGUUUUGGACCAUCCUUGGGUUGCUAAUGACACUACUGCGAAAGAUAACAAAUUACAUGUGGCCAAGGAAUUGAACCAAUAUUUCACACGUACCAAAAAACCAAAAGAUGGUUUGGCAGUCAUAGCAUCGACUGCUCUCGAUAAAGGGUCCAAGUACUUCCGGGGCCGCGGAGCCUUUACUGUGCACCCGAAACAGGACGAAGUCUUUUAAAGCCACCAAUGUUCCUUCCACAUCUACUUUUAUUGAAUUUUCAUUGAAACACACCUACAACA